GGAUUAUUCAUCUUUUACGCCUAUAAAUCCCUUCAAAUCCAUGGCCAUGGAAUAGUUCUGAAGGCUCCGAAGUUCGCAGCGUUAUAGCCGACGAAGGGUCCUAUCUCACAGCAUUGCGCCACAGCCAUGGGUCCGGUUUCUGCCCUUGAUGGGUACAUCCUGGAUCGAACUAUGUAUGAGAGUGUGAGGCUCAAUGAGCAGCAUCUCCUCUGGAAACUUCAGACGGGUCAUGUCUUGAGUCCCUUGAUUCCCCACAGGCCAGGAAUAAGGGUAGCAGAUCUAGGCACGGGAACAGGCAUUUGGUGCCUCGAGCUUGGCCAGGCUCUGGAUGUAGAUCAAGCCGAGCUUGUCGGUUACGAUGUUUCGCGUGAUGCUUUUUCCCCCAUCCUCAACACUACCACGGAACGUGAAACUGAAUACUCUGGACCUAAUGUCCGAUCAGGUCCCGGAGGACCUGCUCGAAGCUUUCGACGUGGUACCCCUGCGUUUGUGGGCCUGUGUGGUACGAGAUAAUCGCCCAGACAAAUUAAUUCGCUUCGCUGCGGUCUUGUUGAGUGUGUGAAGUUGUCUUCAAAGUGCAGAUGUGAAUAUGAUGGGCUGAUAGCAACUCUUCAGGGCCGGGAGGCUAUCUCCAAUGGGAGGAGAUUAAACGUGACCCGAGUGGGGCGUUGUCUGAG